ACUGGUCAAGAGAGAGCUUGGAGUUACACUUGUGAAAAACAAGAAGUGAUAGCUACCUGACGUGAGGACUUCAGAGUGAUUUGUGAUGAUGUCCUUGAAAACUGAGUUUCUGAAACUGGAUCCCCAGAAAUUGAGUCUGGCUGCUAAGAUAAAUGAUGACUUAAUCUGAGUAAGAAGCGAGAGAAAAAUGGGCCAUGGUGAAAGUUCAAUUCAGAAGAGCAACGCAACAUCAGCAUUGUCUUGUGGCUAUUCAGGAAGAAAUUCUGCUACAGAAGUGUUUUGGCAUCGGUGACGAGAAAUGGGGUAUGAUGUAGCACGUUUUCAAGGGGAUGUUGAUGAAGAUCUUAUUUGCCCCAUCUGUAGUGGGGUUUUGGAGGAGCCAGUGCAGGCGCCUCAUUGUGAGCACGCUUUUUGCAAUGCCUGUAUCACCCAGUGGUUCUCCCAACAGCAGACGUGUCCUGUCGACCGAAGUGUUGUGACUGUGGCUCACCUGCGCCCUGUUCCUCGGAUCAUGCGUAAUAUGCUAUCUAAGCUGCAAAUCACCUGUGACAACGCUGUUUUUGGUUGCACUGCUGUAGUGCGGCUCGACAACCUGAUGUCUCACCUCAAUGACUGCGAACACAAUCCAAAGCGGCCUGUGACCUGUGAACAGGGAUGCGGCUUGGAAAUGCCCAAAGAUGAAUUGCCGAAUCACAACUGUAUAAAACAUUUACGGUCAGUAGUGCAGCAGCAACAGACGAGAAUAGCUGAAUUGGAAAAGACGUCUGCAGAACACAAGCAUCAAUUAGCUGAGCAGAAACGGGACAUACAGUUGUUAAAAGCAUACAUGCGAGCGAUACGUAGUGUCAAUCCCAACCUGCAGAAUUUGGAGGAGACUAUUGAAUAUAAUGAAAUCCUUGAGUGGGUGAAUUCCUUGCAGCCAGCCCGGGUAACCCGAUGGGGUGGUAUGAUCUCUACACCAGAUGCUGUACUCCAAGCUGUAAUCAAGCGUUCCUUGGUGGAAAGUGGCUGCCCCACAUCCAUCAUCAAUGAAUUGAUUGAAAAUGCCCAUGAACGGAACUGGCCCCAGGGCCUGGCCACCCUAGAAACUCGCCAGAUGAACCGACGCUAUUAUGAAAACUAUGUAGCCAAACGCAUCCCAGGCAAGCAAGCUGUGGUUGUGAUGGCCUGUGAGAAUCAGCACAUGGGAGAGGAGAUGGUGCUAGAGCCAGGCCUGGUGAUGAUAUUUGCACAUGGAGUGGAAGAAAUUUAAAGACUCAGCAGAGAUUAUGAAACAGUGUGCUUGAAAAUAUAUAUUUACAUACACACACACACACAUGCCCUCCAUGUCUAAGCCAACUGAUUCUGUUCUGUUGUGCUGUAUCAGGGCAUCACUCUUCUCUUCGUUGAAUAAAAUGCUACUCCGUAAUUAUACUGGGCACGAGCCCAGGAAUUUAUGCAAAAUGCCGUGCUGCAUUCCCUUCUCCUUGUGGUCAUUAACCCUGGUCUGAUGUUGACGGAGAUUUCCAAAUGUCUACAAAGGAGCACAACAAAUUUCUCCCUGCUCCAGAAAGAGCAGCGAUCUUCAGUCCUAUAAAGUCUUUGAACGCCUGAUUAUUGGCCUAAAUAGCCUGGUUCCUGUUUUGGGAUCUAUAAACCAUGACUUAAGAUUUUGAGAAGCUGAAAUUUAUUCUGAAGAAUUUUAGCCCACCACUUCGCAGACUGUUUGGCUUCUCUUGUCGAAGGCAUCUCUGUAUAAACCAUAUGCUUUUCCACUGUGGCCCGUGAAAUAAUGGGAUUUACACAGUGCUUUUAAGAUACGUCUUCAGCUUUUAUGUGGAGAAGGAUUUUGAGUGAAGGGAAGAGUAAAACGUGAGAAUGUAGAUGCCAAGUUGGAGUUGCAAGUAAUGCCAAAUGUAUACAUCAGUAGAUAACUUCAACUGUCUUGUGGAGCCAAAAAGCUGCGUCAUUUGGAGAACAAUCUGCAACACAUUUGGGAUGCGUUUACAUUGUAUAACAAGCAGUCCUCUCCUAUUUUGGCUUGAUUUUCAAAGGAAGUCAUGUUCUUUAGCUUUGUUGCAUCGUUGUCACCUCUGCAGAAUGAAAUGUGAUUCUCCUGAAGCCUAGAGCUCAGUUUUCUCCAUGCUCUUGAAAGGUUGCCGAAGCGUCUUUGGAUGCUUUGCGGACGUCUCCUUUCUGAUAAGAAGCAAGCCUUCAAUCGUAUACAUCACUCCACCUGAUCAGAAAUGGUCCCUCUAAAUUGCAUGUGCCAUUUAAAGUUGUAUCAACUUCAUAACCUUUUGAAGAAAACACACAAAAAAAGAGAACGAACUCAGAUUUCUUAUCUAGUCUUGUUACGUUUGCCUAUUUUGAAAAACAAAUCAUCUGUAUUUAUUUUCUUUUUUCACAUUUUGAUGAUUGUGCUUAGUCUUUUUGUAUUAUUUUUGUGCUUGUAUGUUUUUCCUUUUGAUUUUUUUAAAAAAUACAGUAGCUAGGAAUGUCUUCAGUUUUAGUUUUACCUGUCAAAUUUAAUUUAUUUGCCGUCUCGGUUUCUGUUUUUAUAUAGAGAGCAACUUCCUUCCAACGCUUUAAAUAUUUGUUAAUUGCUUAAAACAGUUGUGCUGGAGUUCUUGAGAACAAGGAAUAAAUGCAUCGAUAAAGGAGCAGUUAAACUGCUCUGAUUGAAGUGUUUUGCUAUACAGUCCAUUCUGAGCAGCUUUCGUACAGUAUGUUACACUGGCUAAACAUUCUUCUUUAACUGGGAAUAUUUAAACCAGGCUUGACUUUCUUCUCCUAGCGUUUAAUUUUCUUAGUGCUCUGGUAUAAGAGGUUUGCAAUGAUGCAGAAUUUGGAUCGUGUCAUAUAAACAGUUGCUUCUUCAGAUGUCUGGGGUUAAAAAAAAAAAAAAAAAGCUCCCAGAAAUCCUCAGUAGGAACAAUGGCUUGAGAAGACCUCCUUGUGCUCUCACCAGAAGAAGCAUGGGAAACUUUCUCAUUAUGUGCAAUAGUUAAGCGGCCGAAUACUACAUGAUGAGCCCGUGGUGGAGAAUCCAUGUUGUAGCAAUAUGGUUCUCGUUCCUGUUGGUUACUGGCAAUCUUUGUCUUCUAUGAAAGAGGAGAGAGGGGACCUUGGGGGGAAUAUGCAGUAGUUCAAUUUCAGUCACCUAACAAAAGAAACUCCUUUCAUCACUUGUACAAAUAAAGAUUGUGAAUAAUUCUCAAUAUUUGCUGGGCAGAUGCUGUUUCAGAUUUUCUUUUAUGGGAAAAGCCUGUGCUUUGAAGACUCAGUUUGGUGGCCUUUACUUCUUUGCAAAUCUGACUGAUAGGUUUUGCACUGCUGGGUCCUCAUUUCCUGCAAUCUUUCAUUUUAAUCUUUGCUGACUUACUGCUUUAUGCUCUUCCUCUCUCUUCUUCCUCAUCCACACCCCUUUGAUGGUAGAGUUUUGUUUUAGAAACCAAGUCUGUCUCUGAUAACUGUUUCUAGUGCUGUGAAUUAUUACUUACAAGUAUCUUAAAAGUUUUUUGAAUAGUACUUCUCUUUGUAAGUCAUGUUAAAAUAUUUGGAAUGUGCAUCAAAAAUCAGGUCAGUUUAAAGGGUGGAAUGGGUUGUGUUCAUGUCUGUAAUAUGGCAUGUUUUGAAAGGGGUUUUUAUUUGUUGGAAAUUACUUCUAACCAAAAGUCCCUGUUGCUCAGGAAUUUGAAAAAAAAAAAAAGCUGCUAAAUCCAACCUAAUAACUGCAUCUUGAGCUAUCUGCAUCUCUUAAUGUUGUUCUCCUAAUACACCUUGUCUUUCUCCUCAGUGUCCUGCUGUCGCUCUUCCUUGUGCUCUAAAACAUCCAAUAGAACUUGUCAUGUCUUCUGCCAGUAUCCAAACCAUUGGUUGCAUUUUGUGUUUUAUUGUUCAAUUGUGCUGACUGCACUAAUAAAUUGCUUUUUUCCCCUUGA